GCUCACUCUCCACUCUCCCCCGCCUCAUCCCCAACUCUCACAACCUUCGAUUCCCUCCGACAAUGCCGCCCACUCCAUUGCCUAUAAAAGCGCGCAGAGAGACCGAUGAACCCAAGGCAGCGACACACUCUUUCCCCCAUAAAAUACACAUACAGAGCCGGCCCGUCUGCCCAAGAAUUUCUGAAAAAUGAGUACCGCAGUGAAGAGGAUUAAGCUAGGAUCUGUGGGCCUGGAAGUCUCCGCUCAGGGACUUGGGUGCAUGGGCAUGUCCCACGCCUACGGCCCUCCCAAGCCCGACGCUGAAAUGAUCCCUCUUAUCCACCACGCCGUCAAGACCGGCGUCACCUUCCUCGACACCUCCGACGUCUAUGGCCCCCACAUCAACGAGCUCCUCAUCGGAAAGGCGUUGAAGGCGGAAGGGAUGAGGGAUAGGGUUCAAUUGGCUACCAAGUUUGCGUGCAGUUUCAUGGACGGUAAGAUGCAGAUUCGCGGCGAUCCGGCGUACGUGAGAGCGUGCUGCGAGGCGAGCUUGAAGCGCCUAGACAUUGACUGCAUCGAUCUCUAUUAUGUCCAUCGCAUCGACAAGAAAGUGCCUAUUGAAGUCACGAUCGGAGAGCUCAAGAAGCUAGUUGAAGAGGGUAAAAUAAAAUAUAUAGGACUUUCUGAAGCCUGUCCUUCAACAAUUAGAAGAGCACAUGCAAUUCAUCCAAUAACGGCUGUGCAGUUGGAGUGGUCUUUGUGGACGAGAGAUGUGGAAGAAGAAAUAAUUCCGACUUGCAGGGAACUUGGCAUUGGGAUCGUUCCAUUUAGUCCUCUGGGAAACGGGUUCUUUUCCCAUGGUCCGAACAUAGUUGAGAAGUUGACAAAUAAUGACUACCGAAAGACUCUACCCAGGUUCCAGGCUGAAAAUCUCGAGCAUAACAAGUACAUAUUUGAGAGGGUAAAUGAACUGGCGGCAAAGAAGGGUUGCACUCCGUCGCAACUAGCUCUGGCCUGGGUCCAUCACCAAGGGCACGAUGUUUGUCCAAUUCCUGGAACCACGAAAUUUGAAAAUUUCAACCAGAACGUGGGUGCUCUGUCUGUAAAACUAACACCGGUCGAAAUGGCUGAAUUGGAAUCCCUUGGUGCUGCAGUGAAGGGGGACAGACAGAGACCCGGCUCUGUCACUUGGAAAGACUCGGAAACUCCACCACUGUCUUCCUGGAAACCUGAGUGAAGACAUGCCUCUAUCCAUGGAACUAUUUUGCCUAAUGGGCCAAAGUUUUAACUGUCGCAACUGUCUGUAAUGUGGCUUGUGUAAUAGCCUACAAUAUUAGAUUGAAUAAUUGCCUAGCUACUUAUGAUUAUAUGAGAAGCUAUUAUAUUUUGCGGAUUUAAGGCAUAUUUCUGGGCCUUUUUAUGUGUCGAUUUUGUAAGGUUGAACUUAUAUUCUAAUUAAUAACUUAUUUUAAUAAUUAUUUAAACUUA